AUGGGAAAACAAAAAGAUAAGUUUUGGCAACAUGUUGAGCCACUUGAUAGUUCACACUUUAAAUGUAAAUUUUGUGAAAAACAAGUUUAUGGAAGGGUCACUCGCCUCAAUUAUCAUUUAGCUAAGGUUAGUGGUCAUGAUGUUACCCCUUAUGAGAAAAUAUUUGAUGAUGUUCAAGCAGAAGCUCUUCUUGCUAUUAAUUUUGAAUCAAGUAAUAAAAAGCGUAAGAGUUGUACCAGUGGUAAGAGUAUAGCUGGUUCCUCUCAUUUAACUAUAACUAGUCAAAGGCAGUCUACAAUGGAGGAAAUGAUCCCUAAGAUGGAUAAAUCAACUUGGGAGAAAUCCUGUUAUGGUCCUAAUGUUUCUAUUCUAAGUUAUGAAACCCUUCGUGGAAGAAUAAUCCCUGAAGCAAGAAAGGACCUUGAAAAAUAUACUGAAAAAGUAAAAUUUUCUUGGAAACAAACUGGUUGCACAAUUAUGUCUGAUUCAUGGACUGACUUGAAGAAGCGGUCUUCUCUUAACGUGAUUGCAUAUUCCUUGGGUGGUGCUCUCUUUUUGAGGUCAGAGGAGUUUUAUCAUGCUAGAUUGACUGGUCCUUAUAUAUUUGAUAUUUUUGAUAGAGAGAUUCGAAGUGUUGGCCAAAAUUCAGUGGUUCAGAUAAUUUCAGACAAUGCAUCCAAUUAUUCCAGUGCACUUGAUGUGCUUAUUAGAAAGUAUCGUUGGUUGUUUAAGACUCGAUGUGCAGCCCAUGGUAUUAAUCUAAUGUUGAAGGACAUCUAUGAAAAGUCAAUUGUUGAAAUGGAAGAGAAGCUUAGACUUCUAGUUGCAUCAGCUGAGUAG